GCUUUGCACCACUCUUACUCUCCUGUCUGCCUAUCCCUUGUCUAGUUUGCCUCUGCUCGAUAGCGUCGGUGAUAAAGGAAAUGCAGGCGAAAGUUCUAUUAAUCUUUUCCUUGCUGACAAUUCUCUAUGUCACGUCGGCAAAAACUCAUAAAGGUUUGUAUAGUUUACCUAGAACUCGCAAACGAAUAAAACAUUAGGCACUUUGUUUGAAAGAUGAUUAACAAAGUGUUCCUAAUUUCUGCAGCUAGAUGCGGAAAAUGGCAGAACAAAGGUGAAUGCAAUCUACAAAAAGGGAAAAGUUGUGGUAAAGGAUUUCAGUUGCAAGAACGAAAAUUAGCCGCUACGGCAAAGUGUUCGGAGGCUCCAAAAGAAAGGAAGAGAGUGUGUAAAAUUUCUUGCAGGAAAAAAAAUAAGAACAAUAAAAAACAGAGUUUGACUCUUGAAGGUUGCAAGUACGUGACGAAAAGAGCUUCCAGCUGCUUGGAAGAACAGGAAUACGAAUUAGUGAAACAUAAUUCAACGACUUGUAUACCAAUGAUUAGUAAACUUGUUUCUUGUAAAGCUUGCUAUUAUUCUAUCACGAAGAACAACUGCACGGAUAUGUCUAAAUUCUACAACAUAACUAAAACCUUAAUUAAAGGCAAACCUGAAUGCGAUAAAAUAAGAAAAGAAAGUAAGCUUUGUCCUGCUCAUGGUGGUCCUCCUUGUAAAUAUCAAAAGAGCAAAUGGAGUGAUUGCGAUUUAAGAACAUUUACCAAGGAGAGAGUCCGACAGCUAAAAUCCACAAAACGUAUUUCGGAUUCAAAAUGUCGAAAGGAAAUUGUUGAGAAAAAGCCUUGCAUUCCCAAGAAGAUACUUACAGUGUGCAAAUAUAACGCAACUAAGAUCUCUAAAGCCGUUAAACGUUUGGAAUGUAAAAAGGAUGGACGCUUUACUCGUUCUGAAAUUCUGAAUGAGAAAGAAUCGUCGAAAGAUUGUCCAUUUUACAUAAAAUUUAUUAAGCCGUGUAAACGUCGUAAGGAGCCGAAAGCUAAAUGUUUUUAUGAUAAGAAAGGAGGUUGGACACCUUGUACUCUCCAUAAACGAUCCGUCGUUGGCGCUUUAAGAGGUAAUGAGAAUGCCUGCUCGAAAGAGGAAACUAUUGUGGAGAGUUGUAACUAA